GGUGUGGGCAGUUUGAGAGCGGAGCGCGGACGGUUGAGCUCUGCCGGUGUUUUUAUUUAAAUAGUCGUGACACGAAGACAAUUGAUCAGAGGAUCGUACGGGAAAUAUUGUUUUUUCUUCUGUUUUUUAUUGGAUAUUUUAUAUUUGUAAACAUGGCGGUGACCGAAGCUGGAUGUGACCUAACUUAUUGCAAAAUGAGGGGAAUUGUUGCUGUUCUUACUGCUUUCAUCAAGGAGAGAAAAAUGGGGUUGAAUGACUUCAUCCAGAAGCUGGUGUCCACCCCACAUAUCUGCCAACAUGUUGAAGUGAACAACUUCCUGAAGAUUGAUGAGAAUCAAAAUGAGGAGGUUGAAAAUGAUCAACUUCCUGAAAGUCCGAUGUGCCUAAAUUCAAGAGGUUCACUGGCUGAGGACACUCAGAUCAAACCCUGUGAUUUUGACUACCUCAAAAUCAUCGGAAAAGGCAGCUUUGGGAAAGUUCUGCUGGCUCGACACAAGGAGUCUGCCAAAUAUUACGCUGUCAAAGUGCUGCAGAAGAAAAUCAUCAUGAAGAAGAAAGAGCAAAAGCAUAUCAUGGCCGAGCGCAGUGUGCUGAUGAAGAACAUCAAGCAUCCUUUCCUCGUGGGGCUGCACUACUCCUUCCAGACUACUGACAAGCUGUACUUUGUGCUCGACUACGUCAACGGCGGAGAGCUGUUCUACCAUCUCCAGAGGGAGCGGAUAUUCCUGGAGCCCAGAGCUCGUUUCUACGCCGCUGAAAUUGCAAGUGCACUUGGCUACCUCCACUCCCUGCACAUUGUGUACAGGGACCUGAAGCCUGAGAACAUCCUGUUAGACUCACAGGGCCACAUCGUCCUCACAGACUUCGGCCUCUGCAAAGAAGGCCUUGAGGCCAAUGGCACAACGACAACCUUCUGCGGGACGCCAGAGUAUUUGGCCCCUGAGGUUCUCCAGAAGCAGGCGUACGACCGCACAGUCGACUGGUGGUGUCUGGGAUCAGUGCUCUACGAGAUGCUCUACGGACUUCCGCCGUUCUACAGUCGCAACACAGCCGAGAUGUACAACAACAUCCUGCACAAGUCUCCUGUGCUCAAGCCCAACGUGUCGAACUCGGGCAGGGAGCUGCUCGAGGGGCUCCUGCAGAAGGACCGCACCAAGAGGCUGGGAGUCAAGGACGACUUUCUUGAACUCAAGUACCAUUCCUUCUUCUCCCCAAUCAACUGGGAGGACCUGAUGGCCAAGAAGAUCACGCCUCCAUUCAUCCCUUCAGUGAGCGGGCCCACAGACCUCCGACACUUCGACCCCGAGUUCACUCACCUGCCCGUGUCCUCCUCUCUGUGCAACGACACCCUGACUGUGACCAGCAGCAUCAAGGAAGCAGCCGGAGCGUUUCCAGGCUUCUCGUACGGGCCUCCAGCAGAACACUCCUUCAUGUGAACGUCCCGGGAACUCACAGGAAAUGGGACACAAGCUCUGGACCGAGAGUCUUAUUUUGACAGAGGGACCACGUCGGAGCAGCCUGUUUUGGGGAGACGUUACAGAGUGUGAUUAAAGGAUUUAACUGACAAACAGACAUGAAUAUACGGGGGGGGGGGACUAGAGGGAUCUUGUGCAUGAAAAAUUGUGCAGAUGAGGACUCUCAUGUUACAUCACAACCGACCCGACUCCUCUGCCUCAAACUUAAAAACAUGUGUGCCAAGUGUGGAUGCACUCUGGGGUCAUGAAACAUCACUGUCACAGCUACGGGUGAAGUGACAUGAAGAGAAGUGCCUGAGGUUCAAAAGGCAGUUUGGACGACGGCGGCAGCAGCGUUGGCAAGAGCCGGCUUUAUCAUAAACCACAAAACCGUUUCACUCGUUUGGACUUUUGACCGGGGCGCUCGCCGUUAAGAUGGAUGCCUUCAUGUAUGUUAAAUUUGUUUCGCAUUGUUAUUCUCAUGUGAAUGCUCAAUUGCACUCGAGGAAACAAGGGUCAAGAAAAGUUCUGCUUUAAGCAUCAGCAACCUUGGAUUAGACAGCUUUAUAUCUUUAAUCUUAUUUCAUAUCUCGGCUUGGGGCAAAGAAAAACUAGCAUUUCAAUAUCUUAAACUAAUAGUGAUACUUGGACCAAACAGUUAACAGUUAUGCUUUAACACACACACUUUUUUUGACCAGUUUGUCCUCAUAAACUGAAGAUCAAAAAUUUACUGUACUGUGUAGAAGAAAGAAGUUACAUCUAUUUUAUUGCAAAACCAAAAAGGUUUUCCUAGUUUUAAUAACUACAACAUUCACGCUUUACUUUUACGACAGCAUCUAUUAUAAACGAGUUAGAACCGUUCAGAUUAAUGUUUCAUGUUUGGAAAUACAUUUUAUUUUUUCCAAUUUAUUUUCAUUUACAGCCAGUGACUGUGUUAAUCUAUAUCUGCUGUUUUAUGAAGGACAUCUCUUAAUGAUGAGGAGUGCGAUAAUAGAGCUCAGCCAGCAAUAACAGGCCCACAUCAAUGAUAGCACAUACUGUAUAUCCUUUUAAAAUUUAAGUGAUUGCUGUUUUAUUGCAAACACUCCAGACAAACUAUAAAAUCUGUGAUUAGAAAUGUUUUUGUAUUUAUGCAUCAUGUAGAGAAGAACUGUGAAUGUCUUGUGCCUGUCCAAGGCGGCCUGAUCCAUAUUUACUGUAUGUACAUAUCUCUUUUCCUGAAACCUCUUUGUCCCUUUUAUAGAAAAUACUCUGUAUAAAAAAGUGCUUCAUGAACUUGAAGAAAGAACCAGCAGGUGGAGCAGGCGCUGGCUUUUCACUGACGUGUUCGGCCACUGGCCCGCUGCAUAACGUGGUUCUGGAAAGUGCAAUAAAAUCGUGUUGAGUCUGAAAGAAUGAUUAUCAUUGUGUCUAUUUUAGCAGUAAGUUGUAAUUUAUAAUCUGAUAUUCAGUAAGUUAUUAAGAGAGGAUCUUCACUCAAACUGAGAUUGUUCAUGACUUUGUUUUGUCCCACUGAGUCUCCACAUUUUAGCAUACAGAGAGUGGAUUUUCAAACCUGCUGAAAAUUUAAAAGAAAAAAGAGAUGAAGGCAACACACAGUUCUAGGUCAUUUUCUUCCAUAUUUGGAAGCAUUACUUUUGUUUUGUAUUUUUUAUGUAUAUUUAUUUUCAUGCCACUGCUACUGUAUAAAGAAGAUAAUUUACAUGAUCAACUGUAAUACUGAACUGUAAUCUGUGUCAGAAAUGGCAAAUAAAUUCUCUAAAUUCAA